CAAAAGAGCAGAAUUAGGUAGUCGAAAACGAACUUGAAUAAGUAAUUUUGUUUUUGUUUAACCUUUCCUGCCAAAAAAUAUUUUUAAAUAAUAUUAUAAUGUGUCUUGACACAAUUUAAUCGAAAUACAUUAUGGAAAAUAUUCAAAGUUAUGAGUUAUAGUGAUCAAAGAAGAUUAGUUUCGCAUAUUAGGUUCUUGGGUAGAUUGCAAAGUAAUACACCCAUUUAAAUAUGCUCUUAUUAUAAUUAUUUUAUCUAGAAACAUUUGAAUCAAAAUAUCAUGGGUUUUUCUCGAGCACCAAAAUCGAAUCCCAUUUUAUAUAAUGUUUCAUGUAUAGCUGUUUUUGCAUUUAUAAUAAUAACCGUAAUUUUACUUAAACCAUGGAACAUUCAUAAACAGGAAGAAAAAUUCAUGCUUCGUUCUAUUGAGAAUUCACCAGAAAUAAGGAUUCUGUCGUCGGCAUUGAAUGCAGGUCAACGAAACACUAAAUGCAAUUAUUUCAAUUGUUUUGACGUUUAUAAAUGUGGUCAUUCACAAGAUAAAUUGUCUGUUUACAUCUACCCAAUUUACAAAUACGAAGAUGGAAAAGGAGUACCCGUUUCGGUAUCACAUUCUCGUGAGUUUGUGGAAAUAUUACAAACCAUCUACGAUAGUCCUUAUUACGUUUCUGAUCCCAGCAAGGCUUGUAUAUUUAUUCCAUCUCUAGAUUUACUCAAUCAAAAUUUAGUCAGAUUGAAGGAAACUUCACAAAUACUUGCUAAUUUACCCUACUGGAAUUCAGGUAUCAAUCACUUGUUGUUUAACAUGCUUCCUGGAAGUGUGCCUGAUUAUAAUGCAGUUUUAGAAAUAGACUCCGACCAAGCAAUGAUAGCUGGUGCUGGUUUUUCAAGUUGGACUUAUCGAAGAACAUUCGACAUAAGUAUUCCAACUUUCAGUCUUAUAAACCAUCCUUUUGAUAUUAAUAGUUGUAAGGAAGCAUCGAGACGUUGGCUCGCUUCAUCUGCCCAAAUAAAUAUUCAUUUUGAAUAUCGUCAUGAACUUGAAGAUUUAGCGGAAGAACACCCUGAAUUGCUUGUUCUUGGACGUUGUUCUGAAGAUGCUAGUUCCCAGAAUGCCACAUCUAGGUGUAGAGGAGGAGAUACUUAUGAAUAUCCAGCUAUAUUAGAAGAUUCUACCUUUUGUAUUAUAAUACGUGGUGCUAGACUCGGCCAAACGGCUUUAUCGGAAGCUUUAAAAGCUGGUUGUAUUCCGGUUGUUGUUGCUGACGGAUACAUCAUGCCGUUUGCAGAAGUUAUAGAUUGGAAAAGAGCUAGCAUUACACUAUUUGAAGAAAAUCUUGGUGAUCUAGUUCACAUUUUAAAAUCCGUCUCAGACGAAAAGAUAACGGAAAUGCGUCGACAAGCGUGCUUUCUCUGGCAAAAAUAUUUUAGUUCCAUGAAGCAAAUAACUACUGCAACUUUAGAUAUUCUCCAGUCAAGAAUAUUUCCACAUAGUUCUAAGACAUAUGAGGACUGGAAUGAUCCUCCUUCUAAACUUGGAGCCUCUGCACCACUCUUCUUGCCUGCUAUUGCUCCUAAAUCUCAAGGAUUUACUGCUGUUAUCCUUACCUAUGAUAGAUUGGAAAGCUUGUUCCAGGUCAUUCAAAAGGUUGUCCAAGCGCCUAGUUUGGCCAAAGUUCUUGUUGUUUGGAACAACCAAGUCAAGUCUCCACCUCCAGCUUCUGCAUGGCCAAAGAUCAGUAAACCAUUGAAAGUGGUUCAAACGAAAGAAAACAGACUUAGCAAUAGAUUCUAUCCGUAUGAUGAAAUAGAAACCGAAGCCGUGUUGGCUAUUGACGACGACAUCGUUAUGUUGACGGCCGAUGAGCUUGAAUUCGGUUACGAGGUGUGGCGUGAGUUUCCAGAUCGUAUUGUUGGAUUUCCAUCUAGAGUCCACCUGUGGGACAAUACAACCAAGAAAUGGAAGUACGAGUCUGAAUGGACUAACGAGAUAUCGAUGGUUUUGACUGGUGCUGCAUAUUAUCAUAAGUACUAUAGCUAUCUCUAUACCAAUUCCAUGCCUGGUGAUAUCAAGGAAUGGGUGGAUGAUCAUAUGAACUGUGAAGAUAUUGCUAUGAAUUUUCUUGUUGCUAAUGUUACCGGAAAAGCACCUAUCAAGGUUACACCACGGAAGAAGUUUAAAUGUCCUGAAUGCACCAAUGUGGAAAUGUUAUCUGCUGAUGUUAUCCACAUGGCUGAACGUACUGAGUGUAUAAAUAGGUUUGCUCAGAGCUAUGGUCUGAUGACUUUGAAAACUGUAGAAUUUAGAGCAGAUCCGGUUCUCUACAAAGACAAUUUCCCCGAAAAACUCAAAAGAUUCAAUAAUGUUGGCAGUCUCUAGAUUGUGAUAAUUUUGUUUAUUCAAGCAGUUUUAUUAUUAAAUUAUUUUCCAAAAUAAUUAUAUUAAAUAUUAUUUUAUAAUUCUUAUUAUAAAUGUUAUUAAAAUUAUAGUAAAUAUUUUACUAAAAAUAUAAAUUGAAAGCAUUUAUAUAGUAAUAUAAACAAAUGUUAAUGACAAUGAGUAUUUGACUAUGGUAAAAAUUGUCAAAAAAUUUGCCAUUGCAUUGUCAGGAUUUGAAUUUGGAGAAAACUUUCAAAAAUUGGUGAAUACUUUGAAUAUUUGUCUAAUAAUUUGAAAUCUUUAAAGCGGGCCUUGCUAGAGUCUAAUAUUUUUUAUUUUUCUGUUACAUAUGAAAACUAAAUUAUAUUGACAUUUAAAAACUGUUAAAAAAUUAUGCAGAUUUUGGAUCUUCUUGCUAGUAAAAAUGAGGAAAUUUUUUAUGUGUGCGAUCUAAAAUGAAUUGUGUUUUAUGUAAAUGUUUCCUCUCAGCAGAUAUGUUUCUGAAAUGUACAUUUUGAAAUUGUGAUGAUUUUCAAAACUAGAUGCUCUAAGAUAGGUAUAAAAGUACUUACUAGGCACAUAAUGCUGUGCCCAUUAAAAUUAGACGUAAUUUUUUUAAUUUUUUAUGAAGCACCCAAUUAUAGACAUAUACGCUUGAAAAGAAAAAUAUUAUGUAAGGAUGACUUUUUUCCCCAUUAUUUAAUAUUGCAACAAACUAGCAGCUGUAUGCACAAUUUUUUUUUUGUCUAUGUGUUAAUUUUUUGUAUUAUGUAACUCAAUGAUGUCCAACCUUUGCUUUUUAAAAUCAAAACUUUCCUUGUAUUUGGGGAAAAAAAAUGUAAUUCGUUAAAGAUAAGAAAGAAUUGUGUAUGUAUUUUUAGUACAGUAAAAUAAGAAAGAAUUGUGAUGUAUUUUUAGUCCAGUAUUCUCUCGAUAUCUCAAAAAACUCGUUAUGACAACAAAAAAAAUAUUUCCCCCCUUAACAUUAUAUAUCCACCUUUUUAUAAUUUGAAUUCCUAUGUAGAAGAGUUUCUUCUCAAAACCUUAUUAUGAAUUUUGUUCGAAAUAGGAAUGAAAUUUUUUUUGGAAAAAUCACGAUGUAAAAAUGUUAACCAAUUCUUUUCUAUUUAAUGCAAAAUUAAUUUUCUCUUACUUUUAAAAAUAAAAUUACCAUUGUCGUAUUUAGACUUUCAGUAAACUAUGUCUGUGUACAUUCAUAGUAGUUAUUGUUAUGUUUCAUGACUCUACUUUUUAGAGUAAUAUUUUAGAAUAAAUUUUUCAAUUUUUUCGAAAAUAUUUAGUUCUGAGCUUGUUAUCUUGAAAUUUUCUUAGCAAUCUCUUCAACUUUUAGAUUUCGAGAGUAUACUGUAUUGGAAAAGCAAAUAAUCCCUUUAAAUUAGCUACAAAUCUUUUGUGACUAUUUAACUGAGAAACAUUGGGCAUCUAUUAAGUGUGUAUAUAUGUAUUUCCUUAAAAAUGUAAGUAUGUAAAUAAUGCUUCAAAUUUAAAAUGAGUGAGUGGAUGCUUCUUUAACCAAACAAGAGUUAAAGUAAUACUAUCGAAAAUGUAUGCAUAACGUUAAAGAUUUAGAUAGAAAAUGGGCCAUUAAAAUUAAUGUGCUCCAGAGCACUGUUAACACUACCCAUUUAAAAUAUGAUUGUGAUAGUUUGCUGGAUCAUUUCUAAGCUAGUUAGAAUGUUAAAAAAAUGUAAGAUAAUUUCUUUAAAUUAAAUUAGAUAGGAGUAUUUUACUAUUAGGCCUAUAAAGAUAGAUUUCAUCGAAGACUGUAUCUACUUAAAAGUGUCCAUAAAAACAUAUUUAAGUUCAUAGAUGUUUAACUUCACAUAACUUACAUUUCUAAUCCAACUUAAUAAAACAUGCACCUUUUUUUUUAAAAUCAAAUUUUCAUCUUCAUUACGAGUUAUUUUUGAAUCUCACUAAUGUAAAUAUUUGUUAUAAUUUUUAUGUUACAUCAAUAAAUGUUUUCUUUAUA